GGCUCAUUUGCCGGGGCCGCCCGAGAGCCUCUUCGUCGCGGGCGUUGGGGCCGCCAUCUUAGAUGGCGGGAGUAAGAAGAGGGCGAGCGUGAGACAGGAAGGCUUUCCUGCGGCUCUCCUUGGGCCCGGAAGAGGGCCAGUUGGCCCGGCUUUGGGGCGUGUGCCCCGAGGCGCGGAGCGCGGGUGCGACGAUGCGGGGACUGCCCGGGGCCCCGUCCCCUGGGCUAGGGACGCGCCGAAUGUGACCGCCUCCCGCUCCCUCACCCGCCGCGGGGAGGAGGAGCGGAUCAGACGCCGCCGCCGGACGACGGGACACGGAGGCGGUUCGGCUCCUUCAGGUAUUGUGUAAGCUGCAUCAAUGGAGCACAUACAGGGGGCCUGGAAGACGAUCAGCAACGGUUUUGGAUUCAAAGACACAGUGUUUGACGGCCCCAGCUGCAUCUCGCCUACAAUAGUUCAGCCAUUUGGCUUUCAGCGUCGGGCGUCAGAUGAUGGCAAACUUACGGACUCGUCUAAGACAAGCAACACUAUUCGUGUUUUCUUGCCAAACAAGCAAAGAACAGUGGUCAAUGUGCGAAAUGGAAUGAGCUUGCACGAUUGCCUUAUGAAAGCACUCAAGGUGAGGGGCCUACAGCCGGAGUGCUGUGCUGUGUUCAGACUUCUCCAUGAACAUAAAGGUAAAAAGGCACGUUUAGAUUGGAAUACUGAUGCUGCCUCGUUGAUUGGAGAAGAACUUCAAGUAGAUUUCCUGGAUCACGUUCCCCUCACAACACACAACUUUGCACGGAAGACCUUUCUGAAGCUUGCGUUCUGUGACAUCUGUCAGAAGUUCCUGCUAAAUGGAUUUCGUUGUCAGACUUGUGGCUACAAAUUUCAUGAGCACUGUAGCACCAAAGUUCCUACUAUGUGUGUGGAUUGGAGUAAUAUCAGACAGCUCUUAUUGUUUCCAAAUUCUACUAUUGGUGAUAGUGGGGUCCCAGCACUGCCUUCUUUGACGAUGCGUCGGAUGCGAGAGUCUGUUUCCCGGAUUCCUGUUAGUUCCCAGCACAGAUAUUCCACACCCCAUGCCUUCACAUUCAACUCCUCCAGCCCUUCCUCUGAAGGUUCCCUUUCCCAGAGGCAGAGGUCCACGUCCACACCUAAUGUCCACAUGGUCAGCACCACCCUGCCUGUGGACAGCAGGAUGAUUGAGGAUGCAAUUCGAAGCCACAGUGAAUCAGCCUCACCUUCAGCCUUGUCCAGCAGCCCUAACAAUCUGAGCCCAACAGGCUGGUCACAGCCCAAAACCCCUGUGCCAGCACAGAGAGAGCGGGCACCAGGAUCUGGGACCCAGGAGAAAAACAAAAUUAGGCCUCGUGGACAGAGAGAUUCAAGCUAUUACUGGGAAAUAGAAGCCAGCGAAGUGAUGCUCUCCACUCGGAUUGGGUCAGGCUCCUUUGGAACGGUGUAUAAGGGCAAGUGGCACGGAGAUGUUGCAGUAAAAAUCCUAAAGGUUGUCGACCCCACACCAGAGCAGUUCCAGGCCUUCAGGAACGAGGUGGCUGUCCUCCGCAAAACACGGCAUGUGAACAUCCUGCUCUUCAUGGGGUACAUGACAAAGGACAACUUGGCGAUUGUGACCCAGUGGUGUGAAGGCAGCAGCCUCUACAAACACCUGCAUGUCCAGGAGACUAAAUUCCAGAUGUUCCAGUUGAUUGACAUCGCCCGCCAGACUGCUCAGGGAAUGGACUAUUUGCAUGCAAAGAACAUCAUCCACAGAGACAUGAAAUCCAACAAUAUAUUUCUCCACGAAGGCCUGACGGUGAAAAUUGGAGAUUUUGGUUUGGCAACAGUAAAGUCACGCUGGAGUGGUUCUCAGCAAGUUGAACAACCCACUGGCUCUGUCCUGUGGAUGGCCCCUGAGGUGAUCCGAAUGCAGGAUAACAACCCGUUCAGCUUCCAGUCUGAUGUCUACUCCUACGGCAUUGUGCUCUAUGAGCUCAUGACAGGAGAGCUUCCUUACUCCCACAUCAAUAACCGUGAUCAGAUCAUCUUCAUGGUGGGCCGAGGGUAUGCCUCCCCAGACCUCAGUAAGCUAUAUAAGAACUGCCCCAAAGCAAUGAAGAGGCUUGUAGCCGACUGUGUGAAGAAGGUUAAGGAAGAGAGGCCUCUUUUUCCCCAGAUCCUGUCUUCCAUCGAGCUGCUCCAACAUUCUCUGCCGAAAAUCAACCGGAGUGCUUCUGAGCCAUCCCUGCACCGGGCGGCCCACACUGAGGAUAUCAACGCCUGCACACUGACUACGUCCCCUAGACUGCCUGUCUUCUAGCUGACUUUGCACCUGCACUCAGGCCAUCGGGGGAGUAAGGGAAGUCAGCAGGCACCACCUUUCUGCUCCCUUUUGAUGGAGGCAGAGAGCUCAUUUUCAGAGAAGCUGCUGCUAAGGACCUUCUAGACUACUCACAGGGCCUUAACUUCAUGUUGCCUUCUUUUCUACCCUUUCUGGCCCUGGGAGAAGGAAGCCAUUCGAAAUGCUGGUUUGUCCUGCUCCCUCCCUGCAUCCCCUAUGCUCUUGAGCCGAGAGCCUUCUCCAGAUGCACCCAUAGCUGCCAGAUUUGGCAGUAUGUGAUCUGGGGCCCUAGCUGUUGGCUGAAUAUAUAUAUUUUUUUUAGGGCAAAAAAAAAAAAAGCACUCAGAGGGGAAAUGAAGGUAGCAGACAAACCAGCCCUGAUGUGGACAUGUGGAUUGUGGAUAUCAGCUCCUAGGAGGAACGCUUAUCAUGGGAAGGACUGUUCUUCAGAGGGUGGUGUGAUGUCAAACAGUUUUGCACGUAACACACCAAACAGCCCAGGACUGUUGAGAGACCAUGGCUGCCUGAAGGAGCAUUGGUACUAUGGACCUUGACUUUGCGGACACUUCUUUCCUUGGAGAUCUCUUGGGACGGUUUUCCAGAAGAGGUGCUUGGCCCACCCCUCCCAGUCUCCGCCCUGUCAGGGAGCAGUCUUCCAUCAUGCUGAAUCUGUCUUCCAGGAGUUGCCCCUGUGGGGCGGGGCCACCGGGCCAGCCUUUCUCUUCAGUCACAUCAUGUGGAUGCAAGGAAGCCAGGAGUACAGGUUUUCUUGAUGAUUAGGGUUUUAAUUUUGUUUUUAUUGCGCCUGACAAAAUACAGUUAUCUGAUGGUUCCUCAAUUAUGUUAUUUUAAUAAAAUAAAUUAAAUGUA